UUUCUAUGAUUUUGCAUGUUCCAUAAUUCCCUGAUUAUGCCCUUUUCUUCUUAAUUUCCUGAUUAGGUCCUCUUCUCCGAUUCUCCCUAAAGAAAAGGAGCUGACGUCGACCUUCCCGAGAUGCACAGUGAUCACAAGUGAUCGCAGAAAUGUGGAGGCUGCUUUUAUUCAGCUCUCGUCGCAGCUCCCUUCGGCGUUCCGUAGCAAUAGUCGCAACUCUGUCCUCUUCUUCCUCCUUUUCUGCUCCUCUUUCUCAUUUCCCAUUUCAAUGCCGACUCCACCUUUCUCUUCCUUCUCAUUCCCAAUCUUUCCCACCCUUUCUGUCACUUGCCUUCCAUUUUUCCUCCUCUUCUUUCGACUCAAAACCGAAACAAGAGUUGGUUGACAAGGAUUCCAGGCCAGACGGUGGCAUAAAUAAUCCUAGUGCGAGAAUUGCCGACGAGGAUUAUCCGAGUGGCGACUUUGAUUUUGCGCCCAUUUUUGGGUGGAGGAAAUUUCUUCUGCAGCUCAAGAUGCUCAUUGCAUUCCCUUUGGAAGGUGUUCGCAAGGGAAGCGUUCUCACAAUGAAGUUGCGGGGCCGGAUAUCUGAUCAGCUAAAGAGUCCUUUCUCUCAAGGACUAUCUCUGCCUCAAAUUUGUGAGAACUUUUCAAAAGCAGCAUAUGAUCCUCGUAUUUCUGGUAUCUAUCUUCAUAUUGAUAAGUUGAAUUGUGGAUGGGGUAAAGUUGAAGAAAUUCAAAGGCAAAUAUUGAACUUCAAACGAUCUGGAAAAUUUGUUGUGGCUUAUGUCCCUUCAUGCCAAGAAAAAGAAUACUAUCUUGCAUGUGCAUGUGAAGAAAUAUAUGCCCCUCCAAGUGCUUAUUUUUCAUUGUUUGGUUUCACUGUUCAAGCGUCAUUUCUUAGAGCAAAGACUUUGCACAUGGCAUGCACUGUCCCUUCCUGCAAGAGAUUUACCCGUGUUUUAGAUAACAUAGGGAUUGAACCUCAAGUUGAACGGAUUGGGAAAUACAAAAGUGCAGGGGAUCAGCUAACCCGUAGAACCAUGUCUGAAGAAACUUGUGAGAUGCUGACUGCACUGCUUGACAAUAUCUAUACAAAUUGGCUGGAUAAAGUCUCUUCUUCAAGAGGUAUAAAAAGAGAAGAAAUUGAGAAUUUCAUAAAUGAAGGAGUCUAUCAAGUAGACAGGUUGAAAGAAGAAGGCUUCAUUACGAACAUAAUGUAUGAGGAUGAGGUUAUUGCUGGCUUGAGGGGGAAACUCAGGUUAAAAACAAAUGAAAGUCUGCGUUUGGUGGAUUACAGGUCUCCAAUUUCUUUUGUUUUGCCUCUGGUAAUGGUAUUGAAUAAAUUAUGCUAUUUCUCUGGGAAAGUCACCUCUGGGAAUGUCCAAAGAAAGUCUGAACACAUCCUUUGCCUUGUGAGGAAAUACUGUAGAGUUAGGAGAUGGACUGUUGGAAUAUCAGGUGGUAAAGACCUGAUAGCCAUCAUCCGAGCCUCUGGGAGCAUUAGUCGUGUCAAGAGUUCAUUGAGUUUGUCUAGAUCAGGUAUUAUUGCUGAGCAGUUCAUUGAGAAGAUUCGCAAAGUAAGAGUGUCAAAACAAUAUAAAGCUGCUAUUAUCCGAAUUGACAGUCCUGGUGGUGAUGCCCUUGCUUCUGAUUUGAUGUGGAGAGAAAUCAGGCUUUUGGCUGCCUCGAAACCAGUCAUUGCCUCAUUGUCUGAUGUUGCAGCAAGUGGAGGUUACUACAUGGCAAUGGGAGCUGGGGCUAUUGUAGCAGAAAAUCUUACCUUAACUGGAUCAAUUGGAGUGUUCACAGGAAGAUUUAACUUGGGGAAACUGUAUGAGAAGAUUGGCUUCAACAAGGAAAUCAUAUCAAGGGGAAAAUAUGCUGAGGUCCUUGCUGCUGAACAACGUCCUUUUAGACCAGACGAAGCCGAGCUAUUUGCCAAGUCUGCACAGCAUAUUUAUAAACAAUUUCGAGAUAAGGCGGCUUUUUCUAGAUCAAUGACUGUAGAAAGGAUGGAGGAGGUUGCGCAGGGGAGAGUUUGGAGUGGUAAAGCCGCAGCCUCACACGGUUUGGUUGAUGCUAUUGGUGGGCUUUCUCGAGCUAUUGCCAUAGCGAAAUUGAAGGCUAAUAUACCUCAAGACAGACAGGUUACUCUUGUGGAACUUUCACGACCUUCUCUCGCAGAGAUUUUAAGUGGCGCAGGGAAUACCCUGGCUGAAGUAGAUAAUACAUUGAAGGAACUGCUUCAGGACUUGACAUUUUCUGAUGGAGUUCAAGCCCGGAUGGAUGCAAUCAUGCUUGAGAGAUUGGAAGGAUAUCCUUGCCCAAGUCCCAUUUUGAGGCUGAUGAAGGAUUUCCUUAGUUCCCUGUAGCUUUUUAUUGAUGCUUUACUAUAUCCUUGCCCCUGCCAUUCGAAUACUUGUGUAUGCAUUGAGUAGAGUGCGAAAAUGAUAGCACAUUUGGAUUAGGCGAACUAUAUGUAUGUUGCAUUUUACCUAUCCUGCGGAACUGCUAGCAUGCUACGAACGAAAAA